AAUGUUAUACGUUCCUUUGAUGUCACUAAAACAUAAGCAUUUAUAAAAAAUGUAAUAAAAUUUUGAUUCAAUUAAGUAAAAGAUGGCACGCAUCGGGGAUGUUACUGCAGAUCAGCUGAUAGCUGGUUCCAGUCUAUUAUCCAGACCAGCAGAAGAAUUUGACAAUGAUCCUUCAGUGGAAGCCAUGUGGGCAAUAAAAACCAUAGAACAUGCUACAGUUUAUUUCAAUAUUUUAUGUUCAGUUGAUCCCAAGUUUUUGAAACUUACCCCUAAUGAUGAUCAGAUCUACAAAACCUUUAGGGAAGUUUUCCCUGACCUCAAAGUGGAUAAAAUAAAUGAGGAUGAAUUAAAGUCAUCAGAGGGAAAGAUGAAAUGGAGACCAUUUUGUGAACAGUUCAAAGGAGUUGUAGAAGAUCAUAGCUUUGGUACACUGUUGAGAGCAGACUGUGAAGGAGAUUAUUCUGAAGAGAACAGUAUACUUACAACUAGAAUACAAUUUUAUGCCAUUGAACUUGCCAGAAAUAGAGAAGGUUAUAAUGAUGGUAUUAGAAAAAAGUACAAACCGAAACGGACUACCGAGGAGUCAUAGAAUCGUAACCAUUAUAAUAACCAGAUAUUACAUGUUAAAAACUCAUUUGAAUAGGAUAUUAUUUUUCAUAUACAAUUUUGUACAAUUUAAAUGUAUCAAAGCUUAUGAAGUUAAACAUUUUACCAGACUGUUAUUUAUAAUAAGCA